AUGGGUGCAGCCCAGUCGAAUGAGCAUGGCGCAUCAUCCCCAGAAGAGUUGAGCUACAUGCUUGCUGAGCGCUUCGCCACAAAAUGCUUUACGCCAUUAGAGCUCACACAUUUCAAAGACAACUUCUUCUCUCGGGCCUUAGAGCAGGGAGGCCUGCGGCACUGGAAUGAGAAAGUCCUUUCAGACUUCUUGGGUAUCCCAGACGGUAUCUUUACCUCUUCACAGGAACAACCGUUAGAUGCAGGGCCGGUGAUUUUUCGCAUGGUUUCUUAUCUGGGAGCCUUUCCAUUCCAAAACACGCUCGCGCCCAGUGUAUUGACCUUUGAGGCCAUGGUUAAGGUCGUUGUGCUUUUGACAGACCGCUACGGGAAAGCGCUGAAGCGAGGGCACAAAGACCGAAUCAAGUUACUCUUUGGAAGCUUGGCUGAUGUGGGGAGGAAGACUCCCGCCGAGGCUAAUGGAGAAUGUACGACCGAGGAUUCCGAAGCUUCGGCUGGGAAUUCCCAUGCGCUGGGGUUCUCUAUAGAUAAACCAGCCAAUGAUGAUUACGAUGAAGAUGAGGAUGAUGAUCUCGCACUUGCAGCACUGGACUCUCUCGAUGCGAUUGAAGUAUUCAAACACGAUCACCGUGUUGACAAGACCGUUUAUGAGACCCGAAUUUCUAUCGAUACGUUCCGCCGCUUGGUUAUGCUACUCCUUGUCAUUGCACCCCUGAAGCCAUUGGAUUCUUUGAAGAUAUAUACAUCUGGACUGGAUGUUCGGCGUAUGGAGUCGGUUAAGAACGAGGCAGACAGUAUUAUUGCGGCCUUUUCACCGGAAGAGAGUGAUGGGGGGAUAUCUUACAAGUCUUUUGCCCGGACGAUAUCACUGUCUCUUCCAUAUCUAUUCGACCCGCUGACUGCCCUUUUCGAGCACCUGCUUUUCAGCAAAAAUCUGAACCUAUCUCAACGCCGCCAUAAAGGUCUAGCUACGGAGACCGAACCCGAGGAGAGCGAGGAGAACGAAGAACCUCCCCUACAACCCGCUGCACUUACACUUCCGGGAAGUUUCGAAUCGGCCAUAUUAAAUCCGACAGUUAAUUCGCAUCUUUCGUUCUUCCUCCCAUCUAUCUCACCCGAUAUCAAUAUCCUCCGAGGUGGCGUCAAACUACAUCCCGUCUUCUCUACAAACGCCCACGGGUCUUCCUUAACAUAUUUCUCCCACCACGUCCUCACCUGGCAAUCUGCCACUCUCCUCAUCCUGCAAGGGGCUCUAGUAGAUUCAAGCAGUGAAGAGUUGAUAACACUAGGGGCCUACAUUCCCCAAACGUGGAAAACCGCCUCAUCGACCUCAGGCUCAUCUUCAAAAACAUCUGACAUCCUCCCCUGUCUCUUUCAACUAUCCCCAAAGCACCUCCUCCUCCCGGGAAACCCCUCCCCAUCCGCAAAGAAGCCCAACACCCCAAUCGCCUACUUCUCACCCAACACCGGCAUCGCAAUCGGCUGCCAAAUCCCCGCUCCGUCCCGCACGCACCAAACCUACCCGACCCCGCAUGGAGCAGGCAGCCUCAUAAUCGACGCGAACAUCGAAACGGCCGAGUUCCACGCCGCACCCAUUGGACACGACGGCGCCUUCUUACCCGCUAGUAAUACAUCGCCCGAAGACCCGCCCACAAAGAUCAAGCUUGAUCUGUAUACCCUGGAGAUUUGGGGCAUCGUUCCAGACCCAGAGGCGUCAUCAUCCGCAGAGACGAACUUGGGUCCCGUGGAGAUUCAGCGUGCAAAGUGGGAAUUUGAGGCACGGGAGGCUGAGCGUCGUCGUAAUAUCAAUAUCAAGGCUGGAGCUGGGGAUUCGGCGGCCGAGAGUGCGAGGUGGCUUUUGGAGGCGGCUGGUAUUAUUGGAGAUGAGUCUAGAUAUUCUGGUGGGAGGGGUUAG